CUUCUCGUUUCCUUUCUCCUUGUGCAAACACCCCUCACCGCCUAGCAAGCCCUGCAGUUUCCGGUCUAGGAAUUCCGCCCUUACACCCACACACACACACAUAUAUAUAUAUAUCUCUAUAUUGCUAUCCUCCACCGCCCGCUAUCGUCAACUACUCACCGCCAUGACCGCCGACGAUGGUACCCAAACCAACGGCAUUCCUGCGAAGUGCGAUCCUCAAGCGAGCCUCCUAAAUAUGCCGAAACAAGAGCAGAAACCGUGGAUUCUAGAGGAUGAACUCGACAAGAUGGCUCCACGCUUUGCAGAAAACACUACCUCACCUAUCCCCUUCUUCCACCUCCUCGAGCAACUAAAGACCACAAAGCGAGCUGGCUGGCAGCGCUUCGGCCUCCAACACUGCGAAUCCAUCUCCGACCACAUGUACCGAAUGAGCAUCCUUUCUAUGCUCGCACCAGCCUCCCUCUCCUCUAAGCUCGAUCUCGCAAAGUGCACUAGGAUGGCACUGAUACACGACAUGGCCGAGGCGAUAGUCGGUGACAUAACUCCAGUGGACAAUGUGUCCAAAGAAGAGAAGAGCAGGCGAGAAGCCGAAACCAUGGACUACAUUUGCAACAGGCUCCUUGGAAAGCUCAAUGGUGGAUUGAACGGUCGGGAAAUCCGGGCGAUAUGGCAGGAGUAUGAAGAUAGCGAGACGUUGGAAAGCAGGUUCGUGCACGACAUCGAUAAGAUAGAGCUCAUCCUGCAGAUGGUGGAGUAUGAGCGAACGAACAAAGGCGCAGUGGAUUUGGGAGAGUUUACGUGGGUUGCCACGAGGAUUCAAUGCCCAGAGGUCAAGGCCUGGUCGGACCACGUUCUGUGGGAACGGCUGACAUUGUGGGAAGCUUUCGGGAAGGAACCGAAGUGGGGUGGAAAAGACGGGCUGACCAAGCCGAAAGCGAAGCCUGCCCCUCUCUAGACUCGCGGUCGAGCUCGGAGAACCACUUGUGGAAUUUGGCGGGAGAAAGGAUCAUGGUUCACAAACGGCACACCGCCUGGUAGACGGCAUGGAGUUUGGGUUCUCUAGCGCUGUGAAUUCAGUGCUCACCAAUAUUCUUGCAUUGAAUUGAAAUUCAC